AUGGUCAGUGGUCCAGGAAGCAGGGGAGAACCAGGGUACAGGAGCAGCAGUUCUUCAGUAGACACCAGCGGCUUAAGGCGGCUAGGAAUACGAGGAGUUGCAUGGGAUGAUCCCGAGCAUCCAGGCGGCAUUGGAGGUACAGGCAGUAGGCGUGCAGGUGCCAGUGCAUUUCAUAUUAUUGAGGACCAAAAUCACAAGGGACGAGACAAAGCUAUUGUUUUUCCAGCUCACACAACUAUUGCAUUUAGUGUAUUUGAACUUUAUAUUCACUUAGAUGGUAAUUUUGAGUUCUGUGUCACUCCAGUUUCAAAAGGAGGAUUUGAAAAAGAGCAAUCUGGAUCAUUUUCAUUGAACAAAUUAAGGAGGAAUCUGUUCCACCGAAAUAAAAGGGUAAUGGAUAUCAUUGCUAAUUCAGAUGCUUACUUGGAGGACCUUUUUACAGACUAUUAUGAAAAAGCUGCAAGCAUGACUGAUAUCUCUACAAGCUAUCUCAGAGAAGGGUCUCAUAUCCGGGUUAAUUUACUUAAUAACAACAUCCCAAAAGGUCCUUGUGCCCUUUGUGGAAUGGGAAAUUCUAAAAGAGAAACAGUUUAUGGAUGCCUAGAGUGUUCUUUUAAUGGACAAAAGUAUGUACGACUGCAUGCUGUGCCCUGCUUUGAUGUCUGGCACAAGAGAGUGAGAUAAAUGAUCUAUGAAUGUGACUAUUGUUAUAGACUUCAGUGUAACUGUGCCACAACAUUUCCAAAAUUGUUGAAUAUUGAGUUAAGUUCAACAGACAUUAAAAGUGCAAAAUAUUUGGUUAUGCUAUUUCCUUUUUUUAUUGUAAAGUGAUUCUUUUAUUUUACAAUAAAGAUAAUUAUAUUACCUAGUUCAGAAAUACCCCAUAUACAUUUUCUUCAAAAAAAUUGCUACUUUUCUUCUUUGGGUAUUUUCUCAUUUUAUCAUUCAUGGUAAGUAAUAUAUACAUGUUGAAAUUGAAUUCCAGAGUAGCAAUCAGAAUAUAGUUUGGAAUUUACUAUAAAAGCUGCUUAUGCACAUUUGGUCUGUCAAGAUGUUAUAUAUUGCCUUAACUACACCAGAGUAUGAUGGUAAAAUGAGAAAACGUGUUAAUAAUUUAGUGCUAUCAUGAAUGUUUAAUUGAAGUAUCAGAUUAAAAGCACAUUUAAAAACUAGCUCAGUUUAAGGUUUCAUUUACAAGAGGGAAGAGUUAAAAGGAUUGUAACUGGUGAUUAUGGAUUCCAUUUUAGGCUGUGAAUUCCCCAUAUGUCUGUUCUGAUUAUAUUUGUAGGGACCACAAACAAGUCUACAGUUUGCACUUGGCUAACUCAAAUCUGACUCUUUUUUUUUUUAAGCCUUCAGAUUUGCUGCUGACUUUAGUGGCUUUCAUAUUUGGAAAAAACAAACAAAAUUAUAUUGCAUUGCAAAACUAGUGUACUGAAUCCCACCUAUUACAUCUCAGGUCUAGUAGCUGUAGAGCCCAAUAUCACAAAUUAAAAAGUCGUAUGCAGUCAAAUUGUAGCCAUUGCAAUCCCAGGAUAUUGGAUAGACAAGGUGGGUAAGGAAAUAUCUUUUAUUGGACCAACUUCUGUGAUACUGGGAGUUCCUUUCUGAGACUUGAAGAAGAGCUCUGUGUGGCUCAAAAGCUUGUCUCUCUCUCAUCCACAGAAGUUGGUCCAA